CUCAGGUCCUGGCAGCGGGGAACCGGCGGAGACUCAUCUGCCAGGCAGUGGGCGUGCCGUGCAUGACGACGUCACUUCCGAGGAGAAUUUGCUCAUAGAACAGGAAGUGUAAAGAAAACAGCGGCAGCGGCGGCAAACGAUGGCCGCUCUGAAGGACCGCCUGUCACGCUCUCAGUCCGUGCUCGUCACGUGGGAUGUCAGCUGCGUUCAGGACGCUCUGCAGGGGUUUGUGUCUGACGUGCAGGCGUUGGUGGCCCCUGGGGGGCGGGUCAGCGUGGAGAACGUGGAGCGGUUGAUCUCAUCCGCUCACGCUGACUCCAGAUUUGACGCCGUCCUCCUCGGUCUCGUUCCUGGGAGCACUACUGUCCACAGCGCCGAAGUUUUGGAAGAAGUAGCUCGAAUCCUAAAGCCUGGAGGAAAUGUGCUGCUCAAGGAGCCCGUGGACCCUAAAGCCGAUGGCGGUGCUUUGCUCCGGUCCCUGAAACAGCUCUACUCCGCACUCAAAUUGUCUGGAUUCACAGAAGUGACGCAGGUUCUUCAGGGGCCGGACGGCAUCCAGCAGGAUCAGGGGCCCUCCAGCGCCGACGUGGCUCCUGUUACAUUAGCAGCUAAAAAACCAAACUAUGAAGUGGGAUCUUCACAGCAGCUGUCACUGUCCAGACGUCCGGUGCUCGGGAAGUCCUCUGCGGAUCCGGCUGCCGUGAAGCUCUGGACGCUGUCGGCCAAUGACAUGAAUGACGAGGACGUGGAUCUCUUAGACUCAGAUGAGCUCCUGGACCAAGACGACCUGAAGAAGCCGCCUCCUUCUUCUCUGCGAGCGGAUGGCUGCGGGGAAGGGAGUGAAAAGAAACGCAAAGCCUGCAAGAACUGCUCGUGUGGCCUCGCGGAGGAGCUGGAGGAAGAGAAGAGCCAGAGCGCUGCCCCCAAACCUGCCAGCUCAGCGUGUGGUAACUGCUACCUGGGAGACGCAUUUCGCUGCGCCAGCUGCCCGUAUUUGGGAAUGCCGGCAUUUAAACCAGGAGAGAAGGUUCUGCUGAAUCCGGGUCAUCUGGGGGACUCCUAGUGAGGGCCCGGGGCCCCUUGUGUUUGUAAUUUAAAUAAAAUAUAUCUGUGCUGCUGU